AAAGUCAACCGGUCAAACCUUUACUUCGUGAACCUCUUCUGUCUUUAGUCCUUAACUAAACUCGCACGUUUUGACUAACCUCGUUUGGAGUUUUAUUUAAUAAACAGUGUGAUCAAGUAUGAGGAAUGCAAAAGAUCCGGAAACGCCGAUAAAGUUCGUCCAAAUGGACGGACUGGCUGUUAUGAAAAUCGUGAAGCACUGCCACGAAGAGUGUGCUGGAAACCUGGAAGUCGCGCAGGGGGCUCUUCUCGGGUUGGUCGUCGACUCCAGAUUGGAGAUAACCAACUGCUUCCCAUUUCCGAAAACUUACGAUGAGACCAUUGACGAAGAGGAAUACCAGCUGGACAUGAUGCGGAAAUUGAGAAGAGUAAAUGUCGACCAUUAUCAUGUAGGCUGGUAUCAGAGUUCUGACGUCGGCAGUUUCCUCAGUGGGCCACUUCUCGAAUCACAGUUUCACUACCAAACAUCCAUCGAAGAAUCUGUCGUGUUGAUUUAUGACACACAAAAAACUGAAAGGGGUUUCCUGACUUUGAAGGCCUACAGGUUGACACCGCAGGCCAUCAACAUGUACAAAGAAGGCGAUUUUACUCCUGAUGCCAUGCGGAAUCUGAAAGUUUCAUAUGAAAAUUUAUUGAUUGAGGUUCCAGUCAUUAUUAGGAAUUCUCCCCUUACAAACAUACUCAUGUGCCAGCUAGGAGAAAUGAUUCCACCUCAACAAGGAUUUAACUUCCUUGAUUUAAGCACAGCAUCUGUCCUUGAAGGACAUCUUAGGAGCUUGAUGGAACAUAUUGAUGACUUGAAUCAAGAAGCAAUUAAAUUCAAUAGGCAUCAACAUGCUGUGAUACGUCAAAGCCAAGACAAGUACAGAUACACUGUUAAAAAGAUGCAAGAGAAUGCUGCAAGAGAAGCUAGAGGCGAGCCUCCACUUCCAGAUGAUGAGAUCAAUAAACUUUUCAAGACCCUUCUGGUCCCGCCGCGUCUUAUGCCAACAAUCAUGUCUGGGCAAAUCGAUGCCUAUUCUCAACAUAUUUCUCAAUUCUGCACCCAAUCUCUUGCCAAGCUGUAUAUUAUGCAAUCUCUUCAACCUGAUAAAUAAACAAUCAUCGAUUGCCUCAAUUUUUGCACCAAAACCAUAUUCAUUUUAAAAGUAACAAUCCUUAUUCAUUUUUGUACAUUUAGGAAUUUUGGAUGGCAAUAAACCUAUUGAAAAAAAUAAA